AAUAUAAAGGGGAAACCCAGAGCGAAACGGCAUCCGGCCCGCUGAGUCGCUAAUUCUGUCAUCAGCUCGAGCCUGCCACCGCCUGCUUAUUAGGUAGACGCUCAGUUUUGUUUGUUUCAGCCCCAGAUCAGACUCGGCUCUCUUAUCGAGAUAAAAGUACUCGCUGUAGAGUCACCGCUCCUCGCAACACCCUUUCUAUAUCUAGAGCGACACCGCUUGCUCCUUCUGUCAAUUUGUACUCCCCUGUUGGAUCCGGCGUAUAUUCUUACCCUCCAGCUGAGUCCAUCGCUGCAUGAGCACAACAUAUCUGUCCUCACUAGCAACCGCUCGUUGAACCUUUAUAUCCGCUAUUACCCUGACCCUCAUUGUGAACCCUUUUCUCCUACUUCCUCUCUUCCCCGUUCCUUUGAUAGCCCGCCCAAAAUGGCACCUACCACGAGUAACGGCGAGCAGCCGCUCAACCCUGCAAAACACAAACUCGUCGAGCAAGUCAUCAGGACUCCGGGCAGACAACCUUCGCCCCAGCCCACAAUGCUCUCCGUUCCUGGCGCUUCGCAGUCAAACCAGUCAUUGCACCGCAUCCUGUCAGACCACAGUUCUGGCUAUGUUGCUCCCAAAUUUGAGGGCAAGAAGGCUCAAAUGGAAGAAGUUAUGGACAUCAUCGAAGAGAAAGGCUUCCUCCCCACCGAAUUUGUGGCUUCCGAGACAGAGUGGUUCUACGACACUCUGGGAAUCGAUGACAUGUACUUUUCCACCGAAACUCCUGAAGCAGUCGCUGCCAAUAUCCUCUCGCUUUACGCUGCAAAGCUCGCCGCCUUUGCUCGAGACGAUAAAAAGCUGGAAAUUCGGUUGGCAAAGGAGGCGGCAGACCACGCAGUCUACAUUGACACAAGUGCUCCAGGAAUCAGCGUCAUCGACGGCCCCAGAUAUGAGCAGAGAAUAGACGAGAAGUACAUCGAUGGCUCUACACCAGAGCGCAGUUAUCGAGUCGAGUCCUUCAGAUCAACAAAUGCCCUUCCUGAAAACCCAGGUCAAUCUCUGCGCUGCUACUUCAUAUAUCAGUGCGAGUUCAACGUCACCAACCCAAAACCCGAUGAGACGGAUCUGAACAUCAUUGCAGAGAAGACAUUUCUUCAGAAAGCUACCUCUAACACCAAGGCCGUCUAUCAAGAGAUCAUUAACUAUGCUGUCCAGAGAACAGGCCCCGUCAUUGAGAUGUUCGACAUGGAAGGCACACGCGAAAAGCGCCUCGUCAUUGCCUACCGACAGGGCUCCGCCAUGGGAGUCUUUAGCGCCUUGUCAGAUCUCUAUCACUACUACGGCGUGACGAGCUCUCGAAAGUACGUUGAACAGUUCUCUAACGGUAUCACCGUCAUUUCGCUCUACCUCAAACCGGCCACCACCGACAUUGCCCGCUUCCCUCCUAUCGAAGCCGCAAUUCAUCAGAUUAUCAAGGAGGUUUCGUUGUUGUUUUGCAUUCCUCACAACAAACUCCAAGGCCAAUUUGCCAGCGGCAAUCUCAGUCUACAGGAGAGUAUUUAUGCUCACUGCGUUCAUAUCUUUGUCCAACAAUUUUUGAACCGACUGGGUUCGGAAUACACCUCUCUCGUGGCUGCUCUGAAAGGGGAUAGCAACACCAAUGCUGAGUUGCUCUCUAAAAUCAAGAAACGUCUGAGGACGGAAACCUUCACCUCCGAGUAUAUUCUGGAAAUCAUCAACAGAUAUCCAGAACUCAUUCGAUCCCUCUACCUCUCCUUUGCCAACAGCCACUACGUUCAGACUCGUGGCGAACAAGAUGACUUCAUCCCCACCCUGAGUUACUUACGCCUCGAUAUCAACAAGGUCAUAGAUGACAAAAGCUUGUCUGAGAUCAUUUCUCGCACUACCACCAACCAACACGAUGAAAUGGUCAUGCAGUAUUUCAUAAUUUUCAACAAGUCGGUCCUCAAGACCAAUUUCUACACCCCUACCAAGGUGGCCCUCAGCUUCAGACUCAAACCAAACACAGACUUUUUGCCCGAGCAUGAAUACCCUCAACCUCUGUACGGCAUGUUCUUGGUCAUUGGGUCCGAGUUCCGGGGCUUUCAUCUACGCUUCAGAGAUAUCGCUCGAGGCGGUAUUCGUAUCGUCAAGUCUCGCAACCGAGAAAUGUACAAUAUCAACGCCCGAACUCAGUUUGACGAGAACUACAAUUUGGCAAAUACACAACAGAGAAAGAACAAAGACAUUCCCGAAGGCGGAUCCAAGGGAGUGAUCCUCCUUGACUACAAUCAUCAAGAAAAAGCUCGUGUUGCAUUCGAGAAAUACAUCGACAGUAUCAUGGAUCUUCUUUUGCCGCCCACCAGUCCAGGUAUCAAGGAUCCGAUCGUCGAUUUCCAUGGUCAGCCGGAGAUUCUCUUCAUGGGACCGGAUGAGAAUACUGCCAACCUGGUUAAUUGGGCUACUGAACAUGCCCGAGCCAGAGGCGCUCCCUGGUGGAAGUCCUUCUUCACUGGCAAGAGUCCAACGCUUGGUGGCAUUCCUCAUGACACGUAUGGCAUGACAACGCUAUCGGUCCGUGAAUAUGUCAACGGAAUCUAUCGCAAGCUCAACCUCGACCCGAGCACGAUUCGCAAACUCCAAACUGGUGGUCCCGACGGCGAUUUGGGAUCAAACGAAAUCCUCCUUUCCAACGAGAAGUAUGUUGCUAUCGUUGACGGUGCCGGUGUCCUGGUAGACCCUGCUGGCCUCGACCGCGACGAGCUUGUUCGAUUGGCCAAGAAGCGGGUGAUGAUCAGCGAGUAUGACAUCUCGAAACUCUCACCUGAAGGCUACCGUGUCCUGGUCGAGGAGUCUAACAUUACCCUUCCAAGCGGGGAAAAGGUCAACAACGGCAUGUCGUUCCGAAACACCUUCCAUCUUCGCGAUGGCUCGGAUUACGAUACCUUUGUUCCUUGUGGAGGUCGGCCCGAAUCGAUUGAUCUCUCUACUGUCGGCAAGUUGAUUGUCGAUGGUAAAUGCACCGUUCCAUACAUCGUCGAAGGAGCCAAUCUGUUCAUCACUCAAGAUGCUAAGCUCCGGCUUGAGAAGGCUGGAUGUGUCCUUUACAAGGACGCAUCGGCCAAUAAAGGCGGCGUGACGUCUUCAUCGCUCGAAGUUCUCGCCAGUCUGUCAUUCGAUGACAAAAGCUUCAUUGAGAACAUGUGCAAUGGCGCCGACGGUUCAGCACCAGCAUUUUACAAGUCCUAUGUCAAGGAGGUUCAAGAGACCAUCCAACGCAAUGCUCGACUCGAGUUCGAGGCCAUCUGGCGCGAGCAUGAGAAGACCGGUGUGCCCCGAUCUCAACUCUCUGAUCAACUGUCUCUGGCCAUCACCAAGCUCGAUGAAGAAUUGCAGAAUUUCUCCGAGCUUUGGGACAAUGAGCCUCUGCGUCUAGCCGUCUUCAAGGAAGCACUGCCACAGACCUUGCAAGCCAAGGUUGGCUUGGACAAGAUCUUGGAGCGAGUGCCUGAGAACUACCUCAAGGCCAUCUUUGGCAGUUACAUGGCUAGUCGGUUCGUCUACGAGUAUGGUGCCACGCCCAGUCAAUUUGCGUUUUUCGAUUUUAUGCGCAAGAGACUCGCUGGAGCCAUGGUCAAUGGGGGUGACAAGUAGAUGACUGGGAUGCUUGGACGGAAUUGAUGUUUCAUUGAUGAAAGUGAAGCUUUUGGUGGAUCAUGGGUUGGAGACGGAGAUGGAAUGACACGAUAUGAAACAACUCUGUCUCACGAACAACGUUGGGUUUUUCUUUCUUCCUCUCGUCAAUCUUGAUUUUCGCAUUCUUUUUUCUCUUUCUCGUAGCUACUACAAACGAAAGACACAUGGGGCAAAGGUGCCAAAUUAGACAGUAGGCUGCAUUCAGGUGUGCAGCCUCGAAUGCAGGGCGAGGUCUAUGGUUUGGUUUGGUUUGGUUCGGUUCGGACAGGCUGAGGAUUCAAGAUAGCAAGGAUGGAGAUCAGUCUAAGGAGAGAUAAAAUAUCCAUAUAUCCUGAUCAGAGGGCUUCGGUCUACAAAACCACAGCAGAGAUCUACCAGGCGUGUAUUUCAUGAGUUUUCAAUGAUGAUGAUAAUGAUGAUGUUAUAUUCAAUGACGCUAGAUUGCCAUACAAUGUAG